AGAAGGGGCACGCAAGCACCUUGGCAACGGCACUGAAUGAUGUGGUGAUUGCUAUCUCCUGGGAUGCAGGUCAGGGGUCAAACAUAGGUAAAUGCUGUGUGGCAUUGGCAGAUUGUUUGGCAGGAGAGGCGCACGAUUCGCGGUGCGACUGCAUCCGAUUCGGUUGCCGAUGUCAUUCCGCACACGCGGUGAACGUUGUGUCCGGACCUACAUAUCCAUAAGUAUCCUAUUGCCCCUUACCAGUUCGCGACAGCCCGGUGAACACUUAUCGCCGGACCACGAUUGCUGUGUAAUCGUUGCUCAGUUUUCCAGUUGCCAUUGCCAGCCCUUUAGUUACGGCGAUUGAUGCGUAUCGUCUUCCCAUGCUCGAGUGCAGCCAUUUCCACAUGGACAAAGAUCCGAACCAGGACCAGAGAGCGACGGACGAGGCUCUGCCGAAGUGGGCGUCGCCGAAUGCUCAAGUCUCGGCUCG